AUGGCCGAUCGCCCUAGAAGAGAGGGAGCGGGACAUAACUACAAAAGCUUAGCAGAGUAUGGGCUUCCAGGUGUAGGUGAAGUCGAAGCCGAAGUAAAACCCAAAACUCCAAGCAGCGCCCGUAGAAGGUUAGAGGCCGCACAACUGUUAGACAGAUCGUUCAACGAGGAAGACGAGAGUGAUGAAGAGCUAACACAAUUGAGAAAGUCGUUCCAAGAAGCCGGGGAGAGUUUGAAAAAGCAAAAAAGAGAAAAUGAGAAACAGCGUCUUCGGGUGGAACUUAAAAAGAAGCAGGAUGAGCUAGAGCAGGAGAAAGAUGCUCAGUUUAAACAGUUAGAGAAAGAUGUUAAAACGUCUACUAAGUCUGCGUUUGCAGUAGGAACUCAGAAAAAUUUAGUUUCACAAUGGAGAGCCUUUUUGCUCUUUUGUUUUUAUUUUGAUGUUGCUCCCAUUCCUGUCACUUUUAAAACGAUUAGCUGUUAUGCGCAAUUUUUAAGUCGAUCAUUCAAAUCGACGGAUUCCAUUAGGAAUUAUAUCAAUGGUGUAAAAAUUAUGCAUUUUUAUUUAGAUCUUCCAUUUCCCCCUUUAGAUAAUUUUGAAUUUAAGUUGUUAAUGGCGGGAAUUUCUAGAGUCAAACAACACUGUCCUAGACAAGCUAGGCCUAUUACUCCCGAUUUGCUAAAAGAGAUGCUUAAUUUUUUAGACCUUGAUAAUUGUACAGAUAUUGUGUAUUGGUGUUUAUUUUUAUUUGCCUUUUUUCUUAUGUCUCGUAAGUCUAAUUUAGUGCCAGAUUCUGUAGAUUCUUUUGAUUGUAAAAGACAACUUACUAGAGGCAAAGUUUUUAUGCAUGAAAGAGUAGCUAUUGUGGUAUUUGAAUGGACUAAAACUAUACAAUGUGGUGAACGAAUUUUAAAAAUACCGUUGGUCAAAAUAGAUGAUUCUAUUUUAUGUCCCGUUACUGCAUACAAUAGAAUGUGCCGCAUGAUUCCUGCUCCUGAAGAAUCUCCUGCUUUUGUUAUCAAGAGAAAUGCUAGUCUUAAAACAGUGACAUACAAACAGUUUCAAUAUAAGCUUAAGCGUAUAAUUUCAUUGACUGGGCGAGAUCCUCGCCUUUACUCCACACAUUCUUUUAGACGGGGAGGUGCGUCAUUUGCCUUUCAGGCUAGAGUUCCUAGUGAACUGAUACAGCUGCACGGUGACUGGGCAAGUGAUGCUUAUAAGCUAUAUUUGAAUUUUACUAUGCAGGAAAAAAUAUCUGUUGCAGAGUCAAUGGCCAAACUUUUAUAA